AUGAUUUUGGUUCACAACAUAAGUGAAAUACCGGAAAAGCUUUUUAAUUUGGCGAGAAAACUGGAGGAAAACGUAGAGUUGUUCUGCCAAUUGGACUAUUUGAUACGAGAAACUCCUAUAUGUGAGACCAAAAACGUAGAAAUGCAGUUGUUAAUUCAAAAUCUACUUGACUGUAGCAAGAACACGCCGGGUAGAAUAUUCCGUGGAGGAUUUAAGACUUCGCUGGCUGUGCUGGGAUGCGUGGCUCAGGGCCUUAUGUCCAAGAUCACCCACGUGGUCAUCGAGAGCAGCGCGCAGACCGCGGCGGUGUGCUCUCUCUUCACUGAUCUCUGCCAUCAAGUCGGUCUCAAAGAAAAGGUGCGGUUAGCGCUAUUGGAUGACAAUGAUAUUCAAUACAGCUCAGCGGCUUUAGAUUUGAAAGAAAUGCACGUAUACGUCCCUAAAAGUUACAAUUGUUAUCUUGGUGUUUCAGAGUUGAAAAAUGGAAUUGUUGGCAUAGUAAGUGCUAAGUCUGACGUAGAAUCGGCAGUUGAUACGUUCCUUGCCUCUACCGAUAGGUUUCCUUGGAAUGUUACGAAGAUUUUAUUACAAGAAGGCGUUAUGGAGCAUUUCAAGAAAUCGCUGGAGUGGAAGAUAAACUCAACCCGCGACAAAUACCGAAACAGUUAUCGGGAAUCUAGAAUAAUAGACGACAAAUUACGAACACUCAGCGCCGCCGCGUACAAUUAUGAGAAGAAAAUAUUCCUCUUCGAGUUUACUGGCAAAGAGUUAGAUGAAGACAGUUUUGGCAUCAUCCUGGUCGAUGCCUAUAGGACUACUAAGGAGUUGCUGGCAAUGCUAAAAGGCACAAAUCACUUCGGCGCAUCGAUCUGGUGCAAUGAUAUAGCCGAAUCCAAUGAAAUAGCCUUCAACAUUGAGUCCAACAUCAUUUGGAUCAACGACUUCUGCAAUUUCACCGGCCCACCGAAGUCUGCGCAAGCUUUCUACUCUCUGGUCGACGCACAUUUCUCAACCGCUUUAAUUAAAGAAACUUCAGACACCGACGAACUAAUGAAGCUAAGGGAAUCAUGGCUCGCAAUCAAAAAAACGAAACGUGAAGACAUUGUGAGGAAUAUAUUGAAGAAUGCACCGAUGCCUAAAAAUAGUUUUGCCAGAAAAAUGGAGAUGGAGAAACUUGAUUUAAAAGAUAUAGAUGCCGCGUUCGAUAACUUUUCGUUCGUCGAAAAUAAUACAUUAUGUUACGGUGUCGAAAUGAGACCUUUUUUAAUGAAGUCAAUUGAUCCUUUGGAUGUUGCUACAGUUUUGUUUAUAUUGAAAGGAGGUGGUGUUGUGAUUGAUUCAAGAUCAAUCAAUGAUAAUGAUGCCUUCACUAAAUAUGUCUUCGAAGAGUUGCGAGAUCACGGUGCACCCAUUUUAAGCUAUAAGGAAAGCUUCCGUUACGGAAUCUUCCGUAUCUUGGCCUCACCGAUCUACAAAAUGAAAGUCGUUUGGAGUCGUUUCGGAACAAUAUUUGCUAAUUAGAAGUAGGUACAUAUAGGACUAUAGGUCUGUGUAUUUCGCGAUAAACAUGAACUCACUAUUCUAAAUCACCGAUUUUCAGAGAAAAGUUUCAG